AUGGAAAAAUUAUUUAUUCAGUUAAGUGCUUGUACAGAACUAAUUGAAAAAGGCAGCACCGGAAAUAUUUGUUGGUUAAAUAAAUUCUGUGCAGCAUUUCACAAGUUUGCAAGUGAUUUUAAAUUAUAUUUGCCAGAGUUGGCGCCCAAAUAUGAUUUAGAGGGCAAUAUUAAGAUACAUGUCGAGACAAUAUUUCUGUGCUUUACUCAGGUUCUCACUUGUAUCACACAAUUGGAGCGAACUAUCAAUAUUGAGGAAAAUCUUGGCCAUGGAGCUCAUCUUUUGGUAACACGUACCCACUUUCUGGAACGGAUUGAUUGGUGUGUGCGGCGAUUACAUGCAUCCCUAUAUCAACUGUAUGAGGAGGCGAGCGCCGCCACCGAGGUAAAGCUCGAGGAUCUAUCUUUCGUGGAACUUUUGGAUCUGUCACUUGAUAAACUUGAGUCCUAUAAUGAAAUUGUGCCCGAAAGUAUAAGUGAUAACGAAGAUGACACCAAUAGCUGUCGGGAUCUCAAUGAAGUACAAAAUUGUGGGGCUCAUCAAUUAUAUACCGAAGUGAAUCACAUUGUUAAACAUGCAUUAGCCUUUGCAAACGUGGCUUUGGCAUCAGAUAAAAAGGCACUGAGUUCUAUUUGUGAGACAGUUUUGGACGAAUGUACCGCCUUCGAGAGGAACUUUGAUGAACAUAAUCCUGGAGAGCGAAAACUAGAAGCCUUGUCGCUUCAACGUGCUUUAUAUUCAUUGGAGACAUACCUUAAUGAGGCCCUAUUGCGACUGAUCUUCACAAGCUUUUUCGACAUUGAGAAAGUAUCUGUAAUCCGGCUAAAGAAUAUAUUACAACUGUGUGAAGCUUCAAAAACUUCAGUCGAUAAACUCAUCUCAGAUUUUGAUGUUAAUAUGGAUCGCAUUCAACAGAUUGGAGUAAUUGCUAUAGCGUUUACCGAAGAUGUUAAGACUAAAACAAUUGUUCGUAGUUGUCUCGCAUCAUUGGAAUCGUUGGAUUCCUGCAUUCUACCCGCCUUCCAGCUUCAAACGACGACAUCCGGUAUACAACAUGCUGACAUCCUGGAACAUCACUUUAAGGAGGAGCUUGUGCUUUUUCGCAAUAUUAUUCAUGAAAUUAUUGACAGUCGUGCCUUAAUGAGCAGUUAUUUGGAUAUUUUAGCUGAAAGUAUUCACAGCGCCGAGAAACUUUAUCCCAAGGAUCAUCUGUUAAAUAUUGCUCAAAUGGGUAAUAUUUUGCAUCAACAUUUUCAGCUUAAGGUAAAUUAUCAGGCACUCGGGGAAGAUGGAAAACGCUUGCAUCAGGAUUUUGUUCUAAUUCUACGAGAAUGUCAGGCUGUACUGGAACUUUCGAUUCAUGUCGAUCCAAAGAGAAUAAUAAAGCGUUUCAAAAUUUUAUGUUCAGUUUUAGCGAAAUUACGCGAUGCUUUUGGUAUUAUCGUCAAUCAAGGAUCUGCUUGUGCCACCGAAAACUCCUUGACAAUGUCAAAAAACUUUUCUUCACGCCAUCGUUCAUUCACUAAGCCAAGAAAAAAUGAUAUCGUUUCUAAUGAUUGCGGAUUAAUAACUUCAGAUUCAGGCCAGGAUAAUGAUCUUAUAAGUUUUCAACUGACUGAAAUUCUGAAAAUUAGCUAAGUAAUAAUUAAGUACAUUAAACAUAAUUUAAAUAAAAAGAAUUCUGAAUUUCAAA